AUGGCCCGGCUGGGCGCGCUGCUCCUGGCCGCCGCCCUGGGCGCGCUGCUGAGCUUCGCGCUGCUGGCCGCCGCGGUGGCCAGCGACUACUGGUACAUCCUGGAGGUGGCGGACGCCGGCAACCGCAGCCGCGGGCCCGGGCGCGCGGAGCAGCUGUCCUCGCACUCGGGGCUCUGGCGCAUCUGCGAAGGGCAGAACAGCUGCAUCCCGCUGGUCGACCCCUUCGCCAGUGAGAGCCUGGACGUCUCCAGCUCGGUGCAGCAUCUCGUCGCGCUGCACCGCACUGUCCUGGUGGUCCUGCCCCUGAGCCUGGUCCUCCUCGUGUGCGGCUGGGUCUGCGGCCUGCCCAGCUCCCUGGCCCGGAGCACCCCGCUGCUGCUUUUCACAGGCUGCUACUUCCUGCUGGGGGGUGCCCUGACCCUGGCGGGGAUCAGCGUCUACAUCAGCUACUCGCACCUGGCCUUCGCGGAGACGGCCCGCCAGUACGGGCCACAGCACGUGCAGAGCGUCCGCAUCAGCUUCGGCUAGUCCGUGGCCCUGGCCUGGGGCUCCUGCGCCUCGGAGGCGCUCAGCGGCGCCCUCCUGCUCACUGCUGCCUGGGUCCUCAGCGCCCGUCGCCCCCCACUCUGUGGUCGUCUGAGUCCCCAGCAGGCAGGCCGUGACGGGGAGAGGGCUCAGGUUCCCUUCGGCCACCGGCAGGAGGGUGUGGCCUGCACCCGCGCUUCCCUGGGCAGUCCCGUGUGCCACCGCUGCCCCCAUUCCUAG